CACCCCCAUUUUUAUGGGGACUCCGCAGGGGGGUUGCCCCCCGCUCAGUGAGGCUAAGUCCCGUGUUAUGGGGGUGACCUACUCCCCACAGCUCCAACAGCCCCCGAUCACCCCUCUUGGGGCAUGGCCCUCACCCCCACAAGUCAGAAACCCCCCACCCCGAGACGGGUCCCCCAAGCAGGGGGCUGCACCCCCACCCCCAACUUGGGAGGGUCGCUCCAGGGGGAAUCAGAAACACUUCGGUCAUGUGACCCUCCGGGAUGUGACGUCACAGGCGAGGAUUUGGAACUGCUUCCUGGUGGGGCUGGGCGCUGCUGCCAUGGGGUCCCAGCGGCCGCUGCUGGUGCCCUGGCUGCGGGAACAGCUGGACAGUGGGUGCUACCCGGGUGUGUGCUGGCUCAAUGCCGAACGCACCCGGUUCCGCGUGCCCUGGAAGCACGGACUGCGCCAUGAUGCCGCGCGUGAGGACUUCCAGCUCUUCCAGGUAUGGAGGGCCUGGGAGGCCGAACAUCUGGGUUCUUUCCUAGCAGGCAUCUUCCCUGUGGGCAGGGCAGGGCUGGGGGCAGCGGAGGAGGACUGGGCCACUGUCAGUGGGUGCUAUCAUGCAGGUACUGCCCCUGUGCCCUCCAUCUGGAAGAGGAAUUUCCGCUCGGCCCUGAACCGGAAACCUGAGUUCAAGGUGGUCGAGGACAACAGCUCUGAUGCCACCGAUCCCCACAAGGUCUAUGAGAUCCUGCCUGUGGGGGUGCAGGCUGGUGCAGAUGAAGCCCCCCUGGUGGCAGGGAGGGCUGACACUCUCGAUGGACCCCUAGAGCAGCUGUUAGGGGAGGGCUGCAGCCCGGACUCGGACCUGGAGCAGUACGUGCAUUUGAUGACCCUCUGCAGCCCAGAGGAGGACAUUUCUUCUCCAGAUCUCUCACUGUUUGGCCCUGGGGAGGCAGUAGGGGAUGCUGCAGUGCCUGUCCUGAGCGGGGCUGAGGUCCUACCCCCUCUGGUGCAGCCACUAUCAACCCCCAACCCUGGAGGGCUGCUGCUGGGGUCAAAUGAGCUUGUAACAGAUUUCGAUGUGAACGUGUACUAUCGGGGCCACCGGGUUCUGCAUACGCUGGUGUCCAGUUCCCAGGGGCUGCGUCUGGUGUUCCCCCAGUCCAUCCCCAGCCCUGCCCCAGAGCUGAUGGAUGUGGUGCUGCCUGACCCGGAGUCCCUACCCGACAGGGUGCAGGCCAACUACACAGGGCGCUUGCUCCGGGGGCUGGGCCCUGGUGUGGUGCUGCGGGCCGAGGGGCGUAUCCUGGGGGGCUGCCGGCUGGGGCGCUGCCAUGCCUUCUGGGGGCGCACAGCAACGCCUGCACCUGGAGCGCUUGGUGGGGAGAUCCCCAAGGAGAGCUUUACGCCGCUCUACAGCCUACCUGAGUUCAUCCAAGAUCUGAUUGGGUUCAUGGAGGGCCAGCGCAGGUCCCCUGACUAUGAGCUGUGGCUGUGCCUGGGGGAAAAGUGGCCAGACACCGAGCGGCCCUGGAACCGGAAACUCAUCAUGGUGCAGGUGGUGUUGGUGGCCCUGCAGAAGUUGCACGAGCUGAGCCAGGCAGGCGGUGCCUCAUCUCUGCGCAGCUCGGAGCUGGACCUGCACAUCUCAGACUCGCUGGGUGACGGGGGGCUGCUGGGGGCCCUGCGUAGCUGGGAGGAGCUCAUGGAUACCCAGCCCUGAGCCAGCCCCCACCCCUGCCUUGAUGGAUAGAUGGGCUCCAGCCCCACCCCCCACAUGGAUGGGCAGACAGACAAGCCCUAGCCCUGAGUUUGGACAUACUGAUGCAUAAGUCAACCACCAUCUUCCACCCCACCCCCAGCCUGGACAGACAGAUAGCUCUCACCCCCACCUGGACAGACAGCUCCCACCUCCUGCCUGGAUAGACAGCUGCAUGGACAACCACCAUCUCCUGCCUGGAUGUACAGACAGCCAGACCACUGCUUCCCAACUUUCAGGAGCUAGACUGAUGCAGCUAUACCCCACUGCCCCCACUACCAGAGCUGGACAGACUCAGGGACCAAGAUCACCUUGUCUUACAGGUGGAUGGACACAGACAGGCCACCAACUUCCCCCCCAUGCUGGACAAAGCCCAGGACACCCCCCAAACCCUGCCUUUUGUCUGAGAAAGCCAUGGGCAUGUACACACAGACAGAUAUACGAGGCCAGAAGAUCCAACAACCCCUCCUUCCCCUGACCACACUGAAAUGGGGUGAGAUCCCCCAGGAUCCUGAGAAGCAAGCCCAGUCCAUGGCGGGAGGGGACACAAAGACCCUCUCCCCAUAGGUGAGGCACAGCCAGACUGCAGACAAAGAAUAAAGAGAUGAAGCUGU